AUGCCUGCGCCGAGUGCGGCAACGCGCUUCAGCCACAAGCAUAACCUGAAAACCCACCAGCGGGUGCACACCGGCGAGACGCCCUACAAGUGCCCCGAGUGCGAGAAAGGCUUCAAGCAGCAGAACCACCUCAUCAGCCACCUGCGCACCCACCGGGAGGAGAAGCUCCACAGGUGCACCCAGUGCGACAGGUUCUUCAGGAAGAAGACCAACCUGCUGAAGCACCAGGAGAGCCACGCGGGGGACAGGCCCUACCGCUGCAAGGACUGCGGGAAGACCUUCAAGCAGAACAACCACCUGGUGAGUCACCAGAGGAGCCACGCCGCAGGCAGCCUCUACAUAUGCACUGAGUGCGGGAAGAGCUACAGCCAGUGGGCGCAUCUCACCGCUCACGAGCGGGCCCACGCCGGGGAGGGCCGGCUGACCUGCAGUGAGUGCCGGUGAGCGCUUCGCACACACAGUCUCAGAACACACGGAGGAGAGGCCAUCAGUAGGACCGAGCA